CUCUCAGCUUCCCAAGAUGGCGGCAGCCUCGUCCAUCCAGCCGCCGAGUGUUCACUCUUCUCUCACCCGGGAUAGCGCGCUCUCCCCGGACAUGGACAGCCCCGAAAGCAGGCAGCCGGAGGAUGAGGAGGCGGCGGCCGCAGCGCAGCCCUCCGAGCCGGGCGUCAGCCUCCGCGACCUGCCGGACCUGGACCCGGAGGAGAUCGAGAGGAGGCUGGCCAAAACUCGCCGGGAGCUGAGCAACAGGAGGAAAAUCCUCAUCAAAAACCUGCCGCCCGACACCUCCAACCAGGAAGUCCAUGAAAUUCUGAAAGAAUAUGAGCUGAAGUACUGCUUUGUGGAUCGCAACAAAGGCACAGCCUUUGUGACUUUGCUGAACGGGGACCAGGCUCAGGAUGCCAUCCGCUCCCUCCACCACAGCACUGUCCGAGGACGCCUGAUCAACGUCACCCUGCAGCCCACAGACUCCCUGCUCUGCCUUACCAACCUGCCCCACACCUUCACGGCGCAGCAGUUUGAGGAGUUGGUGCGCUUGUAUGGAAACAUCGAGCGCUCCUUCCUGGUUUAUAGUGAGCUAACGGGCCACUCCAAGGGAUAUGGGUUUGUCGAGUACAUGAAGAAGGACUCCGCUUCGCGGGCCCGCUCGGAGCUGCUGGGUCGACCUCUGGGGGAUCGGUCGCUGAUGGUUCAGUGGAUGGAUGUCAACCAGCUGAGCCAGGAGGAGAACCUGCACUCCAAGUGUCUCUGUGUGGACCGGCUGCCUCUGGACCUCUGCGACUCCGAGGAACUGGCCCAGUUCUUCUCUGAAACAUACAAACCAGUCUUCUGCCAGCUUGCCCAGGAUGAAGGGAGCCCAGUGAGAGGUUUUGGUGUGGUGGAGUACGAGAGCGCAGAGCAGGCUGAAGCCGUGCUGACGGAGAUGGACCGAACUCUGGUGGGAGGACAGGAAGUUCGUCUUUCGCUUUGCACCCCCGGCACCUCAGGGAGAAGCACCUUGGCUGCUCUCAUUGCUGCACAGGGUAUGAUUCUGAGUAACAGAAAAGGUUUACUACCAGAACCAAACCUGGCUCAGCUGUUGACUAGUAUGACCAACCCAGCUGCCCUGCAGAUCCUUAUGAGGCCGUACCAGGGCGGAAAAAGAGGAGGAAAGUACGGUCGUAAUGCAGGCCUGCCGUUCCUCAGACCUCCUCUCACUGCUGCCCUCCUAACACUAGGAAAGGCUCACCAGAAUGCUAUGGUUGGUAAUGGACUUGUCCUCCAGAAUCUCCUCCACAUGCAGCUCGCGCAGCAGCAGCUUCUUCACAUCAAAGACAAACGCAUCAGCAGUGUCACUAGUCUGCUUGGAGACCCUUCAAGGCUACUGAUGCAGAAAGCUUUGUCUCUUCGACCUCCAGGUCUUCUGCCGCUGGGGAAAGGCCUCCUGGGAGAUUCCCCUACAGAGUUGCUCCAGGAUUCUGUGCCAAAUUCUACCCAUAACUCUACAGUAGUGGUGUCAGCAGCAGGUGUGAUGCCAUACCUUCAGGGUCGAGGAGCAGGAACAGGCGGGGGAGACCAAAACAUCUCCCAUUCUGUGUCAACAACCCCUUCUGCUUCCUCCUCUUCCUGUCCCACCUCCUGCGACAGGCAGCCGGCUCCUCCUGGGACGAUGGGGAGCGCUCAGCCACAGGGGCAGACGUUCUCUUUGGGUAUAAGUAACUCAGGUCUUGGCCCGCCUCCACCUAAGCCCCCUGGAGGAGGGUAUGCAUCAUCAGGCCAGCACAACAGCUCAGAUGGUAACAGCCUGACUAACAUGGUAAACUGUGGUCAGAAUUCUUUAUUGGGCGAUCCUCCUAAAGAAGUGAGACUGCCUUCCAAUCCUUACCUGAACUUGGCCAGCGUGAUGCCGGGAGUUGUUCUGCAAAACUCAGUGGCUAACAAGCCUCAGGGAGGACAGCCCGGCACCGGGGUGUAUGGGGGCCCAGUGGCUCCUGUGGCCUCACAGGGCGCCGCCUCGUUCUCUCACAACGCGGCGGCUACAACCCCCGCCCCAUACAGCUCUGACACCUCCUCCGACUUCACCCAGUACAACCAGGCCUACACACAGGAGGCAAUGCACCAGUGGUACCAGCACUACCAGGCAGCGCAGGCACACACCUAUAGCACCACCGCCCCACACGACGCCACGGCCACAGACUACAGCAAGGAGCACACACAGGUUCCUGCUGCCUCCACCUACGGGGAUUACACUACCUACAUGCAGGCUGUCACUCAGUACUACUCCCAGCCUGCAGCAACCAACCAGGCCUUCGCCAGCAAGGAAGUGGAAGUGUGUAAGCCUUUGGGGGUCCCACUGCAUGCAGUCAGUAACGGUCCAGCACCUCCUCCCGCAGUCCUACCUGCCGCCGCCGUGCUCCCAGCCUACAGCACCCUGCCUUUAAUGCCCGGCUUCCUCGGAGCUCCACACCCUCCUGCAGCUACACCCGCCUCCGUCACACACGCACACACUGCAGCCACCGACUGGAACACGUACUAUUAUAACCAGACCCGUGGCAUUAAGAGGGACUACCCUCAGCUGGCGGUGCAGGAAGCGCCGCCAUCGGAGAGCGCGUACAUCGGGCAGCACUCCCAGGGCCUGGGGGGGCAGUAUGCCGACUACUUCAAAAGGAAGAGGCUGUAGAGUGAACCAAAUGACCUUAAAGCCCACAGCUUCAGGAGGGAGACACAACCAGCUGGAUGUCACGGCUCCCUCUAGUGGCCUUUUCUGUGGCUGCCAUUGUGCGUCCCUGCAGUAGGGGUCAGGUUGGGUUGAGUCAGGGUUGCAGAUGGCCAGAGUGAAAACAAGCCAUAGUGCUCUUUGAUUUUGAAAUUUUAGUACACUCUUUCACAGUAUUGCUUUUGUCUUGUUCAAGCCUUAACUAUUUAUCUUAAAUGUCAGUUUCUCUGUCAUUGUUCCUAACUAAUAUUAUCUCUUUUUUUUUUUCAAACAUAAUCUAAACUAAAGUAUAUUAUAUGUGUGUGUAGAAGCUGCUUUUGUAUUUGAAGGCAGCUGACCUGUCUGGAUGCUGAAACUGCCCCUUCCCCCCAUUUGGUCCUUUCAACGUCUUUUUUUUUUUUUAAAGAAACUCUCAAAUUUGAUUCGUCAGUCAGACUGACAUCCGUUUCUUCUAGCUUCACUGCCUUUUAUUACCCAGGACUCUCUCUAAACCUACCUGACGGUGUGUGUGUGUUUUGUGUGUUGCUUUGCUGUUUUCUGUAGGAAGCGUCAGCCAUUUCUAUCCCAAGUUUUGGGAGAACAUCAGGAAAAAAAGGGUUUAAAUCAAUCAAAUCCCUUAAUUUUGGUGAAUUAAAUGGAGUCCCUCAAAGUUGGACUUUUCAGAUGUAGAUUGAGGGAAUAAAGUAAAUUAACUGCUGUGUAAAUAUUGCAGUGUAGUAUAGAAUAUAUUAAGCCAUGCAUAACAGACAAUAACACAUAAAUUAAAGGGCGAUUUGAUGCUCAUUUUUGAGUGUGGUGUACAACAGGAAAAAAAUAUUCAGCGUCAGAUUUGUUUUGUCGAUCUACAAUAUACUCUUAUAUAUUUGUAAUAUAAUAUGCCGAGGCAGUUUGAGUAUUGUAUUAACGAUAAGUCCUGAUGAGACUUUAACGUAGUUAUUUGGUUUGUUUUGUACUGUUUAAGCCAAAUAUUUGGGUGCAGUUUUCCUCCUCUGCUGUUUUUGUUGUAAAUCAUUUUCUCUCUUUUUUGUUUUUCUGGAAGUUUUGUUGAAACUGUAACAGGAGCUUUAAUUUCAUAUUCAGCCACCACUUUCAUAAACCCUUGAGACUGUAGAAGUGAUUCAAUACAGAAUUACUGCACAGCUAAAAAAAAAAACAUGACUGAGGAUUCUGCAUGGGAACUGUUAAAUAUUAAUGGUUGAAAGUAAUAAAAUGGCUCCAGGAGGCUCCCCAUCCCCGCCUUAAAAUAUAUUUGUUUAAUUUGUAGAAAAAUAAUUCAGCAGUUCCAUUGAGCGAUGGAAUUAUCUCUGACAUUUAGCAGUUUAAUUGGAUUUGCACAAUGAAAAUACAGUUCUGGUACACACAUCAGCAUUAAAGUCAUAUUUAUUCGUGGGUUUUAAUGAUUUACUUGAACUGGGGUUUUUUAAAUCAUAUUCCUGGGUGAAGUAGAUUCAGUUAUUAUUUUCAUUUGAUAAAAAUGUUUAUUCCCGAAUUGAACAUUUCCACUUGUAUUUGUAUUUUGCAGAAAACUCCUUGCCAUCACCCUAAUCUUUAGCUCCCUUUACAAACUUGCUAUCAAUUUGAAAUCUGGACUGGGCCGCUGCAAACAUUCAACAUACUUCUGUUUCUUCUGGUUAGAAGAAACAUGCUGAUAAAAUUAAAACAUUGUGUUUAAAUCAGCAGGAUCAGGACAGCAGUGGAAUGUCUCCACUGUCUUACUAACAAUGAUAUUAUGUAAGCUUGUGGUCAGAACUGUAUGUUAAAGAACAAUGUGCAACAUUUUGCUCUUAAUUUAUUUGACCAGUUUCAUAGCGGUAGAGUCAACCAGAUUAUUUUCUUUCAUGCGAUUAAGAUAGUUUGUAAGUUUUUCUGUUGUAGGAUGAAUGAAAUCUAGAUUUCUUUUUUGCACAGUGAAACCAGAUAUUUACAUACACUCUACAAAAAAAAUACAUCAACUUUUUUUUCCUCCAACAUUUAUUUGGACUAAAUCAGCCAUGUUAAUCUUGCUUUAUAUGUCGCUUCUGAAAUAAUGGCUUCCUCUUUGCUGGAUGGCCUUUCAGGCCAUGUUGGUAGAAAACAUGUCUCAUUGUGUAUGAUGACAGGUUUACCAGCUGGAGUCGGCAUCGCCGCAGACUCUCCUGCUUUUGGUCUGCAGUGAGACCAAAACACUGGAAGCCGUCUCCUUCCUGAACAGUGUGACGGCUGGACGUUUUCUGGGUGUUUAUAGUUGCGUGUAAUUGUUUGAACGGAUUAAUGUGGCACCUUCAUUCGCCCGGAAACUGUAAGCAAGGAUGAUCCAGGCGAGUUGAGCUUUUUCUGAUAUGUUGGCAGAUUGUUUUUUUUUUUACUUUGAUGGAAGCAGUGUGUUUGAGGUGCUGCUUUAUAAUCAGAGGCUUUCAAAGCCGUUUUACAAUCUGGACUUUCCCAAAGUAUUUGAAAGCGCAGUAACCUUGGUGCAUGUAAUCUGAAACAGGAAAUACAUAGCCUUUGUUGGACAGUGUAUGUCAAUAGCUGGUUCGAUCUGGGUACUCUUGAUACUCUUUCUUUAUGUAUUCCUUGCAAAAACGAUUUUGGUAAUAUUGUAAAGCCAGUAUACAGAAAGCUUGUAUAAUGAGAGCAGGUUUGCUUUUUCAUCACAGUUUGAACAUUAAAGUUUAAGUGCACUGACUUAAAAAGGCAAUAACCAAGGCUCCAACUACUGUAAAAGGAUGAAUGUAUAAGGUUUUUAUUUGAAGUCUUCAGCCAUUCUAAACUGGCAAUGGUUUAUACACAUGGUUACAGCUUUCUCAUUUUUUCUAUCUCUAUUUUUCAUGUCUUUGCAUUUUGCUUAUAAAUUUCAGAAUUUUAUAUAUCUGAGAAUAAUAUCACUUGUAUUGCCAUGGCAGUAAUGCUCACACACUGUGAAAACCAACAACAACAACACGAGGUAAAGCAAAUCUGACGUGUUUGUAACUGCAGGUCAGAUCGACGUGACGUUUAGAUCCACACAGAAAUAAUGGGAAAUCAGAAUGCUGAGGUUCAGGUAUUCUUAUAAGGUGUUCAAAUUGUAAUGAGGGUCAUUUUGGUCCAGUAAAUAAAAGCAAUGACCUAGAAAAUAACAUUUACACCAGAGCUGAACCAGGUCACACAUCUUUCCCCUGCAGAUCAUCAAAGAAUAAUAAAACCCAUGUUGAAAAUUGUAUGAAGAAGAUUAGAGCAACAAAAUGUUUUUUUUUAAAUAUUGAUUCUCAGUUCAGUACAAAAUUUUAAAUGAAUAAGUGGCUUUCUGUAACUGCAUGACAAAUAACAGCUGGUGAUUAUAAUAUUUGAAAUGGAGAAUCCACUGGUUACAAAUUAAACUUGAGCUGUUCUUUGAAUAUAAACUCUUAGCAUUUGGUACGGAGCAGUAAUGGAAACAGACAAAGCGCCUUGCAAAAGGUUUCCUGCCCUUGGAAUAUUUUCCAGGUUUUUUUUUUUAACCAUGAAAUUACUAACUUCAAUGGAUUUCAUUAGGAUAAAUGGCUUUCUAAAAUAAAAAUUGAAAAGUGUGGUGUGCAUUUUCAUUUAGUCCCUUUGAGUCAUUACAUUGUGAAACCAUCUUUCACUGUGGUUACUGCUGGUCUCUCUACCAGCUUUGUAUAUUGAUUGAAAUACUUUUGCAAGGCACUACAACAGCAUGAAAGAAUUUAUACUUCCUGUUUUGAACCUUCGACCACAGAGCCAGUCAACAAGGGUGGUAAUAUAUAUUCAAAACACUUAAUUGUCAUAUUGGAAGCACUUUGCUGUCAUCUAGUGUCCACAGUUUAUGUGAUUGUUUAAUUUUCCCAAUUUGAAUUAAUUUCCUUUUGGCUUUAUCCCUACUCAAUCAACUCAGACCACUCUCACACAUUACGGUUGACUCUGGUCUGUUCCAGCACUGGAAGUUGAUUUCCCUCCUUAGUGAGCAGCUAUGAUAGUGAUUGGUCUUGUUUCAGGAUGGAAACAAACACCUAAGGAGUGAGCGUUGUGUCGUAGCCACAGGUGAAGUUUAAGAUUGAGGCAGCAGGAUUUGAAAAGUAUUUGUUGCGCUCGUCUGCUGUGCCAUUUGUCUCUUUUACUUCGAAUAGAUUUCUGUCUGUUGUACCGAUCAUUUUCUUCACAAUAUGCCAUCAUCGCCAUUUAGAAUUGCUUGAGAAUACAAACUUUAUAUUGUGAAAAUUAAGGGUUGUAUAACUUCCCCUGUAACUGCAUACCUUGUAUUGAGAGCUACUGGGUUGCUGAAAUGAUUUUAGAUUCAUACGAAUGUGUUGGAGCAGUACAGUAUUGCUCAGUUUUUUUUUCUUAGGGCUGCUUAUAUUCUCUCUGGUUUCCCAGCUCUGAUUGUGUCUGUCUUGGAGUAUUAUUCCAUAUUUUUUCUCAUGGCGUAUGCAUAUUUGGUAACUUUUUUGAACAUUGAUGCUUUCAUUUUGUUUUGUGUUCAGUAACUUCUACAAAUAGUGCUUCACAUAUUAAAAGUAGUAGACACUUUUCUAUAAACGAUUUUCUAAAUUUUGCUUUAAGAAUUGGAAAUUAAAAACUUGACUUUUUGCAAACCCCAUACAGGAAAUAAGUUUACGCAAUCUGCUGGGUCCCAUAACUUAGUACUGCUGUUUUUUCAAUGUAAAUACAUGUAAUUAUAUUUGUGUCAACUGUAAUUUAAAGGAUUGAUAAUUUUGUCUUGAGCCAGAAAACAUUUAAUUUCACAUUUAUUUUAUUUUCACAUUUAAAAUAUGAACUGAACCCAUAUUUUUUUAACACAUUAAUGAAAUGUUCACGUAUCGUUAAUAUCUUUCUUUAGGAGCAACAGCUUUCUUAAGCUUUCAAUAUUUACAUAGAAAGAGAAAUUAUCCAUCAUUUCAAAUCUGCUGACUUAUGUGUUUGUAUCGUCGUCUCGUCCGUUUGAUGUCUCGUCUAUGUGCUUUGACUUUGUCCAGUCUUUGUCUCAAUACAAUUUUAAUUUAGAUUUUCAUGAGCAGCACCAAAUUAGCCACUCACAAUGAUGUAUUUGUUUUUGCAUUUUGUAGACUUUCAAGUAACUACUAGUAUUUAACUGAACAAAAUGUAAUGAACAAAGUUAGAACUGAUGUGCUGUAUUUUAGGCUGGCACAGUGUUCUGUAUAUUUGCUUAAAAACUUUACAAUUAUGUGUAUCAUUUGGGUGAAGUGACAUGAUGAUCUGUUGUAUUUAUAAAAUGGUGUCCAUCCAUUUUAUUAUUUUACACAAAAGGGAUGCUUCAUGAUUUCAACAUAUGGACCCGCUGUUUGCUUUUGGUAUUUGCAGAGGCGUUUGUGGGAUCGUAUUGUUGGUUUUAUUUUAUUUACACCAAAAGAUUCUAAACCAAACUAGACAGACAAUGGACUUGGAUUCAUUUCAUACUUCCAGUUUCAUGUCUCUGGUGUGAAUGUCUGUAAGCAAAGAGCUUUUCCAGCCAGUAUCUGUCAGGACAUGACUUUAAUCGUCUUCCUGUAAGAAGCAAUCGGCUGGAGAUGUGAGUAAUAAUAAAUUAACCCUGUCGCUCCUUUGUU